AUGGUUGCCUACAGCGGUUUUGACUCUGAUAGAGAUGUCCCCGAUCUCUCAGGGAAGGUUCUUCUCGUCACAGGAGGUACAUCUGGCCUUGGUAGAUCAGCCAUCACCACCCUAGCAGCUCAUGGCCCAUCACACAUAUACUUCACUGGCCGCUCCUCAAGCUCUGCAGAAUCCCUCAUCAACGACAUCUCCCCCAUUCCUGCAACAUUCCUUGAAUGCGACUUGACUUCCAUCGCGAGCAUGCGCGCAGCUGCGAAGAAGUUCACACAUGACCGUCUGGACAUCUUCAUCGCGAACGCAGGAGUCAUGGCUGUUGAUGGUCUUACACAAGAUGGACUUGAAAUGCAGUUUGGUGUGAACCACGUUGGUAACGCAACGCUCCUCAUGGCUCUCUUGCCCACUAUGCUCAAAACUGCUGAAGAUCCUAAGAGUGAUGUAAGAUUCGUGGCUCUUACUUCACUUGGCUACGGAGGACAUCCCAAGGACGGCAUUAUCUUUGAUACCCUGCACUCGAAGCAGGAGAAAAUGUCCUACGGAACGUGGGGUCGCUACGGACAGAGCAAACUUGCCAAUAUUGUAUUCGCAAAGGAAGUCCAGAGGCGAUACCCCAAGAUAACCAGUGUGGUGGUUCACCCGGGUGUUAUUGCUACGGGGCUGGUUACUGAGUUGAGCUUUUGGAAGAGGAUGCUUGUGUAUGUGACCAACCCCUGGGGAUUGAUGACGGUUGAGCAGGGUGGGUUGAACACUGUCUGGGCUGCGACUUCUGAGGAUGCUAAGAAGGAUGAUGGAAAGGUUGCGUUCUAUGAGCCUGUUGGAAAGGGUAAUGCUGGUGAUGCUUUAUGCUUCGACGAAGAGAUGGCAAAGAAGCUCUGGGAGUGGACCGAGGGGAAGAUUGAGAGUGUCAAGAUGUAG